GCAAAAGACAACUUAAGGUUAUUUAUAGUGCACGGGGUCAGGGGUAAAGUGGGUCAUGACGUCGUACGGUGGACCCAAAGUGUAACAUGCGCAGACAAGGAGAACAAAUGGACACUGAGUCCGGUUUAACGUUAUAGUUAACGCUACAAAACCUGCUAACGCAGAUUCGGAGCAAUGAUAAAUGUUACCUGUAUUUCAAGAUAACAGGAUAUUUAUAAAAUGAGGCGACAUAGUGCGCCGAGGGCAGCCUAACCUCGGUGUUGUCGGUAAGUUAGCCUACACGCUAAAGCUAGCUAGCGCUUGUAAUUAAUGCGUGUAGUUGGUGUUAGCGGGUUCGUGGUUAACGUUACACGUUGAUGAAGUGCGGGUGGUUAGUAUCGUUACUUACUAGAUAAUGUUGUGCAGAGGCUGCAACAUAAUGUAACUAACAAAAUAAAUAGCAUGUCAAGCUUAAGUACUGUGAUGCUCGCAGACGAGGCUGAGUUAGAAGAGGCUUUGUUUGGUCUGAAGUGGCGUCAUGUCUGGUUUUACCACAGAUAAACAGCUCAAAGGUUAAUGGAUCACAUUAUUCAUGCAUUUAGUUUGCAUUACGUUACGUAUUGUUCUGCCUGUGUCUUAAGGGUAGAGAGUAUGUAAUAAUGAUAGACAGAAAAAGACAACGUAAUGAUAAGUGUUCCCUAAAAGCCCCAAACCUGUGAACAACCCUCCUACUAUACACUUCACUGAGGAAGCCACUGCUUCGUCUGUUGAUGAAAUCAGACAGCGAGGUAACAAUACAAAGCUACAAAACACAAUGUAUACUCAGUAGCCAGUGUUUUAGGUACACUGAGCUGAAACUAAUGUGGUCUAAUACAACAGCCCUGCAACAAAUCGUACUAUUAUUCAGCUUUCAAUGUUCAGUUGUUGUAGAAACUGUUUCAGAGAGAUGUUGACUGGUGGUGUUGUGCCGUUGAAUUGUACUGCAUUAUAUUGAGGGGUGGAGCUGACAUUUUGUCCACAACAUUUAUAUCCAUGAAGGUAGAAUCAAAUCUCAGUAUAACACAUUCAACAUCACCCAAAACUACGGCCUCCUACAUGACCUAAAUGUUGCAUCAACACCUCUCAGAGAAGGCAGCAGUAGGUGUGAAAGAGUUUUUAAAAGUAUUGAUUUUGGCAAACAGGACCCUAAAAGUUGAACUUGAAGGCCAGGUCUGAAGCUGUGAUGUUACACAGAAUAGACUCUGAUGUAUUUAGCUAUAUUUUGUCGUACAAAUUACUUUUCUGUUGAGUACUUUGAGUAUUUUGCUGCAGACCGUGACCAUCUUAGUAAGUACACAUGUUCUGUUUGAGAGUCGGGGAAGCAUUCAGACAUAUAAAAGAAAGAAUUUUGUCAAUUAAAGAUCUAUGAAAUGUUGACGGAAGGAAUUUGUCUUUGACAUGAACCAUAGCCAUCUUCCGCUGCAGGCUUUUCUUACCAUGUUGGUAUUACUGGCAUAGAUCAACCCAGAUACGGCUGUAGGGCACUGUGAAUAAACAACAACACAUCAGUAUCAUUAUUGUAUUGUCAUCAACACAAGUGAUGUAUGAAAGCGUAUAUUUACCAACCACCAUUAUGUCUCCUGCUGUUUUUACCCAAAGUGUGUUUUUUUCACUCCUCUUCCAUCAAAGUCAUCCGUUGUGCUUCAUUAACAUGCAGUUGUCUUUUCAGAAACAAGAUGAUAAAAAACUGGGGUGUCAUUGGUGGAAUAGCUGCUGCGAUUGCAGCUGGAGUAUACGUGUUGUGGGGCCCAAUUACAGAGCGAAAGAAGAAAAAGAGAGGUAUGGUUCCUGGUCUGUUGAAUCUCGGCAACACCUGCUUCCUGAACUCGUUGCUUCAGGGUUUGGCAGCAUGUCCGUCCUUCAUCAGGUGGCUGGAGAAGUUUUCAGGUUCCCCGAUGAUCCAGUCAUGCAAGGACAACCAGCUGUCCACGACCCUGCUUCAGCUUCUCAAUGCUCUGUCCAGUGAUCAGCCUGCGGAGGAAGAUGUACUCGAUGCCGGGUGCCUCCUGGAUGUUCUCAGACUCUACCGGUGGCACAUCAGUUCAUUUGAGGAGCAGGAUGCACAUGAACUUUUUCAUGUCCUUACAUCUUCUCUGGAGGAGGAGCGGGAUCGUCAACCCAAAGUCGCUCACUUGUUUGACAUGCAGUCCCUCGAGAGCAUCCCUGAUCAAGUUGAGAAAGCUAUGACCUGCAGAAGUCGAGCCCCUCUUCAUCCCAUACCAAGUCCUUGGAAGUCUCGGCAUCCUUUUCAUGGUCGUUUAACAAGCAAUAUGUCAUGCAAGCGCUGCGAACAGCAAAGUCCGGUGCGGUAUGACUCAUUUGAGAGCCUCUCCCUGUCCAUCCCUUUACCUCAGUGGGGGAGACUUAUCUCUCUAGACCAGUGUCUUCAGCAUUUCAUCUCCUCUGAAACCAUCAAAGACGUGGAGUGUGAAAACUGCACCAAGCUUCAACAAGGGAACCCAGUAAACGGGCAAGUUCUGGAAAGCCAGAGGACGACGUUCAUUAAACAGCUCAAACUGGGAAAGCUCCCCCAGUGCCUCUGCAUCCAUUUACAAAGACUGACGUGGUCCAGUGAAGGAACCCCCAUCAAAAGACAGGAGCAUGUGCAGUUCACAGAGCAUCUCUGGAUGGACCGCUACAAACACAAUGCUUCCACGCACAGAAGUCAGCGAAUCAAAUGUGCUCCGAACCCCAUAAAGGCUGAAAAUUCGGAUGGUUCCGUGGAAAAGCUGUCUGCUAAUGGCACCGAAGCAGAGCAUCGGUACAACAACAACAAACCUUUUACCAACGGAACAUGUUCAUCUGUAUUUCUUCAGUCUCCUGGUGUGAACCUCACAUAUGACUACAGUCCUACCGAGUACUUGUUCCAGCUCACGGCUGUGCUGGUUCACCACGGUGACAUGCACUCGGGACAUUUCGUCACGUACCGCCGCAGCCCUCCCUCACCUCGCACCUCUUCGCCCAUCAGCUCCCAGUGGCUUUGGGUGUCAGACGACUCGGUACGAAAAGCCAGCCAGCACGAGGUGCUGUCUUCCAACGCCUACCUGCUCUUCUACGAGAGAGUCCGAAGACUGAACCUGGCGCUGCACUUGGAGGAGUGACCCGAAGCUCAGCAGCCCGACUGACUUCUGCCUUUUCCAGUCAAACUGUCACAGCUGUAUGUGUUACAACACGGUUACCAACAGGUGGAUUUGGACUUUGUGACGAUGAGAAAUCCAUCCUUGAGUUUCUGUAAAGAUAACUUUGCGUCACAGCAACGUGUUGGAGGUCAUUGAACGAUGUAUUAAAUCCACUUUGCCUGCUGCUCUGAUCCAGAGUAGAGGACGCUCGAUCCCAAAGAUUAUGGACCUGCAAGAUUUUUAGUCAAAUAUCUUUGAUCAUCUAAACUACUUUUCUUUGACAAGUGUAACAAUUUCUGUCAUGCGACAAUUUGGCUUCAAUGGGACAAAAAAACAGGAACACUUAACACUGCAGUGUGCUCUCUAGCCCUGCAAUACAUUGUUCAUGCCACACAUACCUUUCUGUGGCAUUUUCAUGAUGCUGUAGAUGUUGGUGUUAAAUUUAAACGCAAUAUACUUUAAGGUGUUCCUGUUAUUUUGUCCACUGCCUGUACAUUACAGACAUACACAGAAGUAGCCGAUUAGGAAUUCUUGGAGCCGUUACAUGUUAUGAAGUCAAAUGGAUAGACUUGUCCCUCCCUCUGGUUCUCUCAUAUCUAAUUUGCUGAAUCAUCAGCAGCAGUGUUUGUGACACUAUUGGCAUUAAUGUUUCAAGAGGCCAAUAGUCCUCACGCUGUCGUGAUGUGCAGACUUGAGGUUAAAGUGCCAUGUUAUAUUUAAUGAUCAAGAUUUUUUUUAACACAUGAAGCCGCGUGUGCGACAACUGAUAUGAUGCAUCAGAGCCAUUUGUAAUGGUGUUGAUGUGCAACAGUUCAACAGAUUAUUAGCGAUGAUCAGCUCUCAGUAAAUAAAGCCACAGGGUGACUGCAGGUUUUUGGGCAAGUUCUUCUGAAUAUUUUGUAUUCUGUGUAGCUGCCAUCGCUCCAAACCAACUAAGUCAAAUUGAGGAAUGGCCGGGUGCAAAACCCAUUAAUGUUUGCGAUUUGCACUAAUGUAUAUUCAUGUGAGAUUGUGUGUAUUUUUUGUGCAAUCUGUGAAGGUGAUUGUUUUCAGGUAUUAAAAAUUAAAGCUAACUAGAGCAAGAGUAAUUAUUUGGUACUUUUGAAACGAUAGUGUGACAGCAGACAUGCUCAAGAUCAAACAGACUUCCUGAAGUGUUCUUGACCCAAACACUGAAUCUCUGUAAGACGGUGAAGCAUGCAGCCUUUACUGAGGGUUUUCAGACAAAACAUUGUAGAGAUAGAAGGUACAUUUUUUUGCACAAUAAUAAGUACUGUACAAUAAUAAGUACUAUACAUCAUUUAAAGGAGUAAAUGCUCCUGAUUUUCAGCGAUUCAGCUAUACAUAAACACAUUUAUGAUAUUUAUCCAUGUGCCCAGGGACACUAACAGGUUUGUCCUCUUUUUCAUCCAAAAUGUGGGCCCCACAGUCAAAAGGCCUCUUGGGCACUGGCCCCAAAGGCCUG